UUUUGCAGAGCACUCUUUAUCUAAUGGGUGUUGUACAUUAGUAGCCAGUGGUGUAAUGAUAUUAGAAAAGGUGGUUGCCGAUAAGUAGGUUUUCAAGAAGGAAGUACUCCUAAAAUAUUCCGUUGUCUUUUUGGCUAAUUAGUGGGUAUACUGUUACAGCCAGAAAUACAGAGCUGUGCUGGAGUGACUGGUCUGUUCCCUGUCCAUCCAGUGAGCCGAGCCGAGUGGCUGAGCUGCUUGAAGUGUUUCAGAGCUGUGGAUUGCAUCAUUAUAGGACAAUAGCAAUUGGAAUCAAAGCUGUCCCUCCUCCUCUUCCUCCAUCUCCUCCCCCAUUUCUUUUUCUCUCAGCCUGGUUCUCCACACACACAGCCCUGUGACCACUCCUCCCACGCUGGCCAUGGUCCACUCCCCCUGUCUCUCCAGCCAGUCAGCCAGUGAGUCGAUGGAAGCUGUGUAAUCCUCUGUAAAGUAUAGGGCCUAUACGGCUGCAUAUGCUCCCCUUUGUUAUGGCGGCUGUUGUUGUUGUUGAGGCCUCCCUCAGGAGAGCACAUGAGGGACAACAGAAGGCAGCAUAAAGCUCACAAAGGGAGGAAGAGAGAAAGCGAGCAAGCCAGUGACUGAGAGACACUGACGCUGCCAUUUAUUUGACGGGAAGAGAAUGAGCUUUGCCAGGCAAUGGAUGGAAUUCAAUGGGGGUGAAACUACAUGAUGUGGGACUGGCCUUGCCACCCCACGCCAAUCACAAAUUGGACCAACAGUCAACUUUAGAGAUUUUUGCCACAUAGUGUCCUGCAGCAAGGAAUGCAGUGAAACAGAGAAAAGUAGCAAAGACUUUUUUCUUGGUAUUGAAUAUUUUUCUAUUUUUCCUCUCCUUGGUGGGUUUUUUUCAAUAACAGCCUACCAAAAGUGCCUUUUUGUUUUACUUUUUGUCUUUUUAAUUAUCUUACUCUAUAUUCAUACUCCAUACUGCCACAAAUUACUGCAUGUAACAUGCAAUAACUGUCACAUUCAGUGUGUGUUUACAUAUCUUAGAGAAGGUACAUAGUGCAUUUGUAUGUGGAUGUUAACAGCCACUCCACAAGUCUCCAUCAAAUACACAGUUGACAAUCAUCACUUUUCUGAACUUUGUUCCUGAUUGGGGAGACCUUAUAUAGUCCUGCCAUUAAAUCACAGAGUUGGGCUGUGCCAGACCAGUGUGACUUUCUGCACUGCCUUUUCUGAACCUUUGUUACUUUGACGACGCAUAGCCGUCGCCAUGGUCAGUAUCCAAUCCAAAUGGCGCUACCUUUUUAUGUUCCUGGGCAUCCAGCUGGUGGUCAUGGCACUGCUGUCCCGAGAGGGAUACCAGAAGAGGGUCUCCUACUUCAUUCGCAUCUUCCGCAAGCCAGACACCACUGGCCUAUCAGGCCGCAACCACACAACAGCAGGCAUCACUGGAGGGGACGUAUAUGCCAACCUCUCUCACCUAUCCAAAGCUCAUAGCCAUGCAAAUGACAUGCCCUACUGCCCCAAGACGUCCCCUUUGAUAGGUGGGCCAAUUCACGUCAGCUUUCCAUCAGGGCUCACUCUGUCAGAGGUUCAGAGGAAAAAUCCACUUGUGGUGCGUGGAGGACGUUACAGGCCACCAGACUGUGAGGCCAGGCAUCGAACAGCCAUCAUCAUUCCCCACAGACACAGAGAACACCAUCUUAAGUUCUUGCUGUAUUACCUGCAUCCUUUUCUGCAGCGACAGCAGCUCAACUAUGGGAUUUACGUAAUUCACCAGGCUGGAAACUACACUUUCAACAGGGCCAAGCUGAUGAAUGUGGGUUUCCGUGAAGCCAUGAAGGAGGAAGACUGGGAUUGUCUCUUUUUCCAUGAUGUCGACCUCAUCCCAGAGGAUGAUCGUAACACAUACGUCUGCGACUCCAACCCCAAGCAUGCAGCCAUUGCCAUGGACAAGUUUGGCUACAAGCUUCCGUAUAAGAUGUACUUUGGAGGAGUGUCAGCUCUGACGCCACUGCACUACCUCAAAAUGAAUGGCUUUCCCAACAACUACUGGGGCUGGGGUGGAGAGGACGAUGAUAUUGGAGUCAGAGUGUCUCUGGGGGGGAUGUAUAUCACUCGCCCAUCGCUGAAGGUCGGUCGUUACAAGAUGAUUAAACACAAGCUGGACAAAGGCAAUGAUGUUAACCCAAAGAGGUUCAACAUGCUGGCCAAAACGCGUCAGACCUGGAAGUUGGAUGGGAUGAACACAAUUGAAUAUGAGAUCAUCUCGCGGCAAUACCUGCCCCUCUACACCAACAUCACUGUCAACAUUGGCACUGAGGCCGGUCUACAUCCACCUCCCCAAACACCACCUCCUCCUGCCAAGGCUGCAGGCAAACCUGCAGUCAAAGCACCUGCCGAAGUCCCAGCUAAAGGCCCAGCCAAACUCAAAGAGGGCCACUCAGAGGAGUAGUCUAAGAGACUGCUAAUCAAGUUUAAUUCUGCCAUAACUUCAUUGGGAUAAUCCUAUCAGUACAUGCUGUACGUUGGUGAUUGACCUUGUCAAUCACCUGCAGCUUUUUGCCCAUUUUAAGCUUUUUCGCCAAUUUGUGGAGAAUAGACAUCGUAUUGCCUGCAGACAGUGCGGCACUCAUCUGGGUGAUUAAAACACCUGAUUUAUUAAAGAUAAUAAAAACUGACCUGAAUUUUUCAACCCUUAGGUGACGGCUCUCCACCUUGGUUCCUAUUGAUUCUUGAUUGAUUCUUCUUCCAAGGAGCCAUAAUGAAGAGUGAAGGGUAAUAGAUUGACUCUAUGAGUUUAUAUAUUUACAGCACUGUGGUCGCUGGUUAAACCUUGUGAUGCCUUAGGAGCUUGUUUAUUUUUGUCUUCACACAUACCUUACAAUAUAUAGAAUAUUGGGUUAAAUAGAGCAGUUGCUGCGAUUUCCAGCAGUCACACUAAUUUUUUGUCUCAACACCAAUGAAUGCGAGUGAAGGAGAAAGUGUCUUGUUUCGAGUUGAGUGUGAGAAGCUGCUAUAUUGAGUACUGAAUGAAGGAACUUGACAGAUUUUUGUGUUACUGUUAGUACUAUUACUACUUGUUGCAUAACAGCAAACAUAUCCUAUUUGUCUGCAAAUAUCCGGGGUCUAAUUUAGAAAAGGUUCCAACUAUAUCCAUUUGGUGAGUGUGUCAAAAGAUUGUCUAAAUAUUUCAGAUGUUAUGGAUGCUAGAGAAAAUAAUUUUGUCUCCUGUCAUGUUCCGCAGACUUAGCAAAGCAGAUGAGAGUUAAGUAAAAACAUUUUAUUUCUGUAUGGCAAGAUCGGUCCCUCUGUGUAGCAUGUAUCUCAGUACAUCCAGUUCAGCCUUUCAAAUUGCAGCAUAUCCAAUAUCUACAUUUGAUUGAGUUUUCUUUUUGUGUUUUUGUGCAUUUGCCUUUAUCCAAUAGAGCAGGUCUUGGUGACGGUGAUCAGUGUUCUUCCUUCCGAUGAGCUUGAGAUUCACAUCAAAAUGGAGUCUAUUUUGCUUAACUUUUCUUGAUAUAUAUGUUGACUAUGUGCAGUGUGUUACAUAUGUCCUUGUGUAAGUGUGUCCCUCAAGAGUGCUGGCUUCCUCUCAUAACACUUUAUAUGCAGUCAUCGUGUUUUGCCCAUUUCCUGGUCCUAAUCUAUACAUAUAAUUGAGAAAUUAAUGAGAAAAGGUAUUUUGCCUCCACAGAAAAAGAGAAAGAAAUGAGAGACCAUCUUGUGAUGGAUGUCACACUAGCUGACUUAAAGUAAACGUGGACAAGGGUUAUCCUCUCUUGGAUCUCACUGGUCUUCCGCCUUCAUUGUGAUCUUAAUUACACACCUGUUAAGUUUCAUGACUGCAUCUUCACAGUUGUGAUGCUAUUGUGUCGGCAAAAUCUGGUUACAGACAGACAUAUAAACACCAGGCAAGGUACUCAAAAUGGCUCCUGUGGUAGUUCCUGCUACAACAGGUGUCUCUACCUUUGUUAAAUUUAACUCAAAAUAAUGUCACCAUAUAUUUGUCAUUACUCGUCAGUGAGGAAACACACCUUUUCUCUUUUUUCCUUUUAUUGUUAAAAUCUUUUCAUUUCAAACUCAAACGAUUCCUCGAUAUUGAUCCGGUGUGUUAGCAAUGUAGCUGGUGUGAAAAGCAGUUCUUUAACAAGUCAUCACAUGCAGACAUCUGCCGUAAUCAUCCAUUAGUGCCCGUGUACUGCAUGUCAACUCUUUGCCCUCCUCUUUACUUCUUCCACUCUGACAGAUUUGAUUGUAAACACAAGAAAAAGAAACAGUAUGUUCAUCCAGUGAAGGUGGCUUUACUGGCAGGUGAACAGGCUGAAACCAAAGAUGACUGCUUGGAAAGCGGUGAUGCUGGAGUGUGUGUGUUUGUGUGUGUGUGUGUGUGUGUGUGUUUGUGUGUGUAUGAAUGAAUGAUUUCUGUAACUCUGCAUUAUUCUUAUCAUAGUGGACAGGCCCAUCAUCUCUUAUCAAUAUCUGUAGCAUUUUUCAGUUUGGGGUUAAAAGAAUCUCCAAACCAACACAUAUUUGUAUUUCUCAUAAUUUACAAACCACAGAUGAAGAAAACUUUUUAGUGAAGGAAUGAGAAGCGUUCACGAUUAUGAGUGGGUUUGUUUGUUUGCUUGUUUAUUGUUUUCUCCUCAAACCCACUGAAACUUACUUUUAAUCUUGUUGUGGUAUUUGUCUGCUGAAGUAGACAAGACGAGCUCUGAGAGUGGUUGCCUGUGAUUUUCAUAAAUAGAUGAUUAUAUACUGUAUUAUCAUUUUGAUGUGAAUUCAUAUUCAAUUCCUAUGGCCUUAGCAGCACACACAAUACUAGUAUUUAAAUACUUGAUCACUAAUACAAUAGCAUCCUAUAUCAAGACUAGAUAUGCAUGGCUACAAACCUAUUAGUGAGGGAAUGUACUGAGCACAAUGUGGAGAUGAUACAUAUCAGUGCUUAUCUAGGAAAUAUGAAGCAUGCUGAAGUGUCUAUAUGUUGUGAACUGGAAACUGUAUAGUCACAGAGGAUGCAAGUUUCCAUCUGCUGAUUCCUUGCUGUUGAAUUUGAGGACGAAAAAGUACAAAGCAGGCUUAUAUUUCCAAAGUCUCAAAGUACAUUCUCCAUCAUUUAGGUUUUGGGGUUUUUCUUUGAAGCUGCUUUACGUUUGAUUUGACUCCGUUCUGAUGUGGAUAAGCUCAGCAGCAAUAGAAAGCAGUUGUCAAAGGGUAGUGCCGAGGCAACCAAGGUCAAUGUGACUUUGUAAGUUAUUUCUGCUCUCUUUAUGAAUUCUGCACAGUCCAGAGUGGCCUUAAAUUCAUUAAUAAACGAUUAUUCAAAAGAU